AUGAAUGAAGUCAAAGACGAUGAUAAUUUACAUAUUUCAAUAUCUACAUCAGGCACCUAUAAUAUAUCAAUCGGUACUCAACAAUGGUUACAAUCUAGUCGUACAGCAUUUUAUGCAAAUAAUUAUUGGUAUUCAACAGAUACUAAUACAUUGACAUUAUUGAACACUUAUACUACCAGUGGAGGAGAUAAAUUUGGAGGAAAUUGGCAGGAUAUAACCUACACAUGGAAACUGACAUCCGAAAAUAUAACAACGCGAAUAAGAACAUAUCUCAAUCAACCAUUUAUUUUAUUUUAUCAAAAUUUUACAGAAGAAUUAUCUAGUGGAAGUUUAGAUAUGGAUUUAGUUCGAACAGUAUUUCCAUCAUUUCUCAUACAAUCAAACGACAUUAAAAGAGAUUAUAUAUCAUACGGAGGUAUGAUGUUUGGUGAUUUAGAAAAGCAUGCUGGUAAAUGGGAUUCAUCGACAACAUUUUUGAAAGAAGGAAUUAGUGGUGGACCAUUAAUUAUAUUUGAUCAACAAAAUCAUGUUCUAAUAUUAUCAUCAUUUAGUGAAUUUAUGUCAACAUCAAUGAGUCAUCGUGGAUUUAGAGGUGGUUCUAUUGAAUUUGGUAUUAUGGGUUCUAUUGAUCCAAUACCAUCCAAUUAUUCAAAUUCAUUUAUUGUCUAUUACGGAAAUAAAGGUAUUAAUGAUGCUGUUUAUAAUUGGGGUUUAACACUAAGAAAAUAUUAUAACAAAACAGAAAAUAAUUUAUUAAAUGAUUUAACAAUCAAUUAUUUAGGCUAUUAUACCGAUAAUGGUGCGUAUUAUUAUUAUCAUACAGAAUUAAAUUUAAAUUAUCAACAAACAAUAUUAGCAUUAUCAAAACAUAUUCAAGAACUCAAUUUACCAGUAAAAUAUUUUCAAUAUGAUUCAUGGUUCUAUUAUAGAGGUAUUGGAAAUGGUGUUACCCAAUGGACAUCUCGUCCAGAUAUAUUUCCUGAUGGCAUUGAUAAAUUACAUGAUGCAAUUCACUUACCCAUUGGGGCUCAUAAUCGAUAUUGGGCAUCAAAUACAACGUAUGCAAAAGAUAACGGUGGAAAAUAUUCUUUUUUAAUUGAUAAAUUAAAUGAGAAAUCUCUUCCAGUUGGUAAUGAUACAUUUUGGACUGACUUAUUUUAUGAGGCAACAACAAAAUGGGGUUUAAUUCUGUACGAGCAAGAUUGGAUGAAUCAUCAAACGAUUGAUUUUAGUUAUUUAAGAACAAAUGCACAUCUUGGUAGACAAUGGUUAAUGUCAAUGGGAAAAGCGGCUGAUGAACAAAACCUAAAUAUUCAGUAUUGUAUGGCAUUGUCAAGACACGCUUUACAAUCCGUCGAGAUACAACGUGUUACACAAGCUAGAGUAUCAGAUGAUUAUUUUGUACAUUUAGUUGAACAUGAUCCACAGUGGAAAAUCGGCACUUCAUCGAUCUUGGCUUAUGCACUUGGUGUAGUUCCGUUUAAAGAUGUCUUUUGGUCAACAUCUGAACAACCUUUAAAUCCGUAUAAAAGAGGUUCAUAUGAACCAAAUCCUGAUUUACAAAUUCUAAUAUCAACAUUAUCAACCGGUCCAGUGGCAUCGGGUGAUCGUAUCGGUUAUUUUGAUACUCAACGAAUAAUGAAGUGUUGCAAUAAAGAUGGUCUCAUAUUAAAACCAAAUCGCCCACUAACAAUGAUUGAUAAACUUUUACAAGAUUGGUCAUGGAACGAUGGAACGUCGAAUGGUGAAUUAUAUUCAACAGUCUCAACGAUUGGUCAAAAUGAUGCAUCCGAUAAAUUUUAUAUUUUAUUUGCGAGUAACAUGAAAUCAAACUACGAUAUAUAUCCGACAGACCUUGGACUAUCAGCGUCAACAGAUAUCAAUGACUAUGUAGCAUAUUCAUGGAGCAAUCCAUUUGAACUUGUCAAAUUUAGUUCGAAUAAUUCUUUAUCAAUAACAACAAAACAAUGUGGUACUAAUGAUAUUAACUCAUUUUGUCUAUGGUACAUUUCGCCUUUAUGGCAAUUUUCUCAACCAUCGAAAUCGAUCUAUGCACUAUUAGGUGAAUUUAAUAAAUGGGUUCCCGUAUCAAAACAACGAUUUCAGUCAUUAAGUAUAUCACAAUCAAACAAUCGUACUGCAAUCGAUGUUAAAGGUUCAUCAUUAGAAUAUACACAGUUUUUAAUUUAUUCACAAGCAUUAGGUGGCGUCAUUACUCUACCAUGUCAGUUAUCAUCACAUGGAUAUGGACAAAUUGUUAUUACAACACAAAGUGCAGUUUGUCUACCGACAAUAACUUAG